AGUCACAAGUGUCUAUAUGUUUGAAAGUGAGAAGACGAAACCCUAGUUUUGGUUUUUGGUUGGCUCAUACAUUCGAAAGUUAGUAGUCUUCCUCUUCCCAUUCCAAAACUCUAGCAGCCAUGGCGAGCACCAAAGUUCAGAGGGUUAUGACCCAACCCAUUAACUUGAUUUUCAGGUUUCUUCAGAGCAAAGCGCGCAUUCAGAUUUGGCUUUUUGAGCAAAAGGAUUUGAGGAUCGAAGGCCGAAUCAUUGGUUUUGAUGAAUACAUGAAUUUGGUUCUUGAUGAUGCUGAAGAAGUGAACGUCAAGAAGAAUAGCAAAAAGACAUUAGGGAGGAUCCUUCUUAAAGGGGACAACAUAACCUUAAUGAUGAACACGGGGAAAUGAUGAAUACUCUGACAGUUGUAAACUAUAUUCUUAUCCAACAAGAUGGCAAAAUUAUCUUCCCUUUCCCGUUUAAUUACUGUUUCUCUUGGUAACAUUUUGAAUAUGUUGGGUGAGAAAUAUUAUCUUGUAUUAAUCUGUGAAUUUUUUCUACAAUAGGUAAAUUCUUGGUUGAGCAGCUUAAUAGUUAAUAUAUUGGUUUGUUGGUCCUCUUAA